AUGAGCGGAAGACAUAAAGUUGAAGUCGUGAUUUUUACAAUUCUAGUGUUCAUAGCUUUUAUUUCUAGGGCUGAUUACUGGAUUCCAUGGACUGUGCUCGCAAUUUUCUGGGGAAUCUUGUGCUUAUUUGACUGGCUUUUCAUCAACGAAAAGGGAUUUAUGUUUGAGCCCAACUUCAAAAAUUGGCAAAGAAUAACAGAGCCUCGUUAUUAA